GGUCAAGCUGGACUGCGCUACAAUCCCAGUAUUUCGUCGUCACUACAAACAGACAUCGUGUCCUGGCUGGAUAUGAACGAACAACCAGAACUUGAAGCUAAUAAUAUCUAUAUCAUCCCUGACGAUGCUUAUCGAAACGUUGAGGUUGUGGAAAGUCACUUGAACCAGAGAAAAUUUAUCAUUGCAAAGCCUACUGCUGACUGUCCUCGAGUUCCCCUUGAACGGUGUAUCUUCGACAUGAGACUGCAAGCAAGCGGCUUUGGCUAUGGUCUUCCUGCAAAGAUGGCUGUUCAGGUUUGUUUUUCUCCGUUUUGUCAACAGAUUUAAUA